GGAACGCAAGAAGGUCCCAUUUCCAUCUCAGAGUUGGGACACAAUGGAGUACGACAUGCAGCUAGUCCUCAACGAGGACAACUUUGAAACAGCAUCACAAUGGGUUAAUGGAAGCAGUUCCAGCAGCAAGAGCUCCAAAGGUAGUGCCAAUGGCCAGGCUUCCCAAAACAAGGAGAUUUGCAAUUUCUGCAAACACAACGGGGAAUCCAAGCAGGUCUAUUCGUCCCACCGGCUGAAGGGGAUGGACGGCACCGUGGAGUGCCCCAUCUUGCGCAAAUACACCUGUCCGCUCUGCGGUGCCACGGGCGAAAAGGCCCAUACUUUAAAAUACUGCCCACUGAGCCAAGGGAAGAGGUCGCUGUAUCGCAAGUGCGGACGUAACUCGGCUGGACGCAAGGUGAGGAGAUAAGAAGAUCAGGAGAAGACCGAAGCAUUUAUUCUUAGUUUUAGUUUGACUUUGUAAAAGAACAACAUUUGAUUUCGAGCAUCAUUAACACUCUUUACAUUUCCUCCCACUUUGUUUCAGGUUUGGAGAAUGGAAGCCCAAUUCUCUUAGACUACAUUUGUGAGUCCAGAAAUGUUUUUUUAUGUAUAUUGUUGCCUUCUUUCACAUUUGUUGUACCAAGGUUAAUUAUAUUGUGUUUCUUUUAGAUGUGUCAGUUGCCUAGUGUGAUGACUCAUGGGCCCUGCAGUCCUAUUCCUGACAGUAUUGUGGCAGAUGAGGAGGAAAAUAUGGAGUUUUCCCCAGAUUUCCGGUCGGAGUCAGAGCCUUGGCAGCUGCCUGAAGUUCUAGUCCAAGAACCAAUUAAACCUGACCUUGGUGGGAACUCUCCCCCUUAUGGGAGAAAACAGGCUUACACGACUGAUAGAGGAUCGAGAGAAAAAUUUAGAAGUAGUGCUCGCCUUGCUGCCAAAUAUGCCACUGAUUAGAAGUAUUUCCCCUGAGAAAAUACGGGGAGUCUUGCACCUGCAAGCUGGUUUCCUUCGCUCCCUGUUCUCUAGGGAAAGUGAUUGUUGUUUGGGGAAACGAGACCCAAUAUAGGGAAAUUGCGCGAAGGAUUCCUUGCGGAGUCAAUUCGUCAGCUCCUGGAGAGAGGUCAUGUGUGUGUGGACUUCGAAUCCUGUUCCUUGCCUCCUGAAUCUAGUUCCAAGCCUUGUCCUCGUCUCACGGAUUUACCACAGAUCUUGUUCCAUGCUUCAAGUUGCUUUGCCUUUAGCCACAGCUCCAGCCACGUUCCAAGUAACUUUCAGCCUUGUGUCAAGCUUCAUUGGAUUCAAGACUUUUUCUGUUUUCCCAACGCUUUGCUUGGCAAAGCGUGUGUUGCGGUUAUUGGAUUAUAAUCUUUGGACUCUAAUAUUUCAUAUUGGACAAUAAUCUGCUGGACUAUAUUUGGCCUCAUUUGAAAGGUCUGCUUCUGAACUUUAUUCUACACUUGUUUUUAUUGACUUUAUAUAUUCCUUUAAUAAAGAUAUUAGAUAGAAUCUGGCCUCAGUGUAUGGUUAUUAGUGCCCAGCAGCCUAG